GAGAAGAAGCUGCCCAAGAAUGGAAAGGAAGAAAUAUAUCACAUCAUCUGCCUGUCCACAGGCUUUCCUUGGGGCUUACGGAGAUUUCCUAGUGGUAAUUAUUUCCCAUUGACUCCGACCAAAGGACCGUGUGGGCACCUAACAAAUAGUAUGAAGCUGAUUUGGAGAAUAUGCCAAGUCAUCUGGAUGAGUCAGCACAGGCACCACAAAGGCCCGCAGUUAAAAGCUUUAGGGCUAGGACUUGGAGGAUGUGGAGGCAAAAGGGAAGGAGAGCCGGGGGAAGAAAAACCGAAAUGGAUUCAUUCUGUGUCCUUGGCUGGAGGAGGAGAAGAGAGGAGAGAAGAAGAGGAGAAGGGGACGUGCGAGCUUCUGUUCGGCUGCCUCUGUCCGCUGGAAAGUGCCCGGCGCCCCCGGGGCUGCGCGGGGCCGGGGGGAACUCUGCGCGGAUUUUGCGCUGGGAACCUGCCAAUCAAGGCGCUAACGAGCCGCCGCCACCCCGCGCUGGCACCCACCCCUGCUGCAGAUUUGCCCGACGAGCCUUUUUUUGGGGCAGGUCCCUGCUUCGUGCCUCGCGCCAUUUGGGCUCCUAAACCACCAGAAGAGGUUCCUCUGGCUGGUUCUCACACACUGGCGAGAUGCUACAGCCCCCACGUGACAGAGGUCAGAGGGAAGCACUUAUUUGAAGAAAUCGUUGUCACUAUCUGUAUUGGCCGAGCCCGCCGCAGCUCGCGAUGGCAUCAGCCGGCCCCGCAGGCAGGAUUCUCUGCAGACACAGCCAACCCCCAACAAACCCCUUUUUAUCCUCCUGUUUCUAGGAAGAAUUAUGAUGGUGGUGCCCUGCUGUUGAUCAGUCAAAUCUGUGGUGGGCCUAGAGAUAAGUCCUGUGUGGGUAGGUGGGUCAGCAGACACCUUUCAAAUUGAAAUUCCCCUGGUCAGUGCCCUUUCCAGCAUGGAGCCUGAGCUUGCUCCCACUUGCUGUUUCUGGGAUGUCCAGCUAGAGCCACACCAAGGAGGACUUUAUGGGACCUUCUCCGUGACUUCUCAAGGACCAGGGUGAAGGGAACACCUCUGGCAACCGCCGUGUGCCUGGAGGACAGCAGGAGACAGGUCUGUAGCAGAGAGCUCUGGGCUGGAAAACUCCAACCCUGGUCUUUGUGCAUUUCUUGGGGGACAGCAUUCUGUAUGGCCCAGUGAUUAUCAGAAGUGGAGCAUUUUUUGGAUGGACCUGCUCCCCUGAGAGCAGACGACCAACAGCGGUCACCCACCUGUGAGCACGUUGUCAGAAAAAACAUGGGAAGUUAUAGAUGGGAGCAACAAGUGGAGGGAUGUGCAGGAUGGGUCUGAAAUGAGGGGAGGGAGUCACUUUCUGAGGGUUUGGGCCCCAUCUCCAGCGGCAGCGAAGCCGAGUGAUCCUCCCCUUCCCAAUUAGAGCUGCAAAAUAACCCCCGGGCCAGAGCACUGGCCCAUGGAGCAAUUAGACGAGCUAGACAGUGGGAAAAGCUAAAAAUAGGCAAUAAUCUGCCUCCACAAAAAUACCUUGAAUCAUUAGAAAAAGGAUGUUUUAUGAAUUUCCUGGGAAUCGGCCCCCGCUUUUGCAUUUUGUAGCGUUCUGCUGGAAGGGCUGCAUUUUAACUGCUGUUUGACAGAGGUAAACACGAGUAACCCCGCUCCCUUCCUGCACUUGAGACACAGGAAAAAGCUGAGUAAGUCCUGAGAUUCUCAUACCCAGCCCACUGAAAUUGGGGGAACUGGGUUGUCUCAUGUUGAACUGAGGCAAAAUAUGCCUCAGUGCUAUUUUAAGGAAAGCGGUCUAAUAAUUUGAGGGCAGAAAAUGACUUAUUUUCGGUUAUUUAAUGACUCAACCCAGUUUUCUUUAAAAAGGGAUGAAUCAAUGAUACUCAUCCAUUAGCUGAAUCCAGCCUAUUAUAAAAUCUCUCCUUUUAGAAAGUAUAUAAUUUAUAAAAGGAUGACAACUGUUGACUUAUUUUGCAGCGCUCCUGAGCUGAACGAAAUGUAGAAACAAAAAGUCUAAUCAGAGCAGGCUAUUUUUAGCCCUUUGCAGGGAAGUACAUAGGACACUAUUUUAUUAAGAAUGACUAAUUUAUUAAGAAUGACCCUUAGAGGAUGAUUCGACUGUUUCUUGCAGAGAAAACAAAUUCCUGAUGCAGUUUUUCAAAUGCAACAAAACCCAGACCUGAGGCUUGCAGGGAAAAAGAAAUAUGCUCAGAAUUAGCUGGUUACGGGUACAAAAGGGGUUACAGGUUGCUGUGAUUUUUUUGUUUUGGUUGGUAACCUGUGUAAUACUGUAUGAAAAAUGCUGUGACCAGUAAAUAACAUUCUGUUCUGUCUUUUCUACCUACAGGAGGCAAUUCAAGUGGGGAAAAAAAACCACCCUGUAUAAAAUUAAACCACAAGCUCUGUGGGCACACACGUGUGUAUGCGUGUCCUGCUGCUGGCAAGCGUGUUUUUGAGUGGAAAUUUCAGCGUUGGAUGACUUGACAUAAACCUUAAGGGUGGGGGAUAUGGGGUGCAGUGGGAGGCACCGGUGGCCCUGCCAUUCCCGCAGGAGUUGGGCAUCCCAAGGGUCUCUGGCAGCGUUGGGUCCCUGUGGGUCAUCCCCAUCCAUGGGUGGUUGCUCCUCCAGCUGCUGGAGAUGUGGG